AUGGAACUAAAGGAGACGAUAUGUCCAACAUAUAUGGACAUUGCCUCUGACAUACAAAACGGAAUAAGUCAGAUAGAAAAGAAUUGUGAAGAUCUUUCAGCUGCCAUAGAAGAACAGGGAGAUGUCUUGCACAGAGAAAUAAGGAAACAUGUGACGAACCUUCAAGAUGAAGUUCAUGAUUUGAAAAUCAAACAGUUGAAAACUUUGCAGAAACAUCUGGAUGAAAUAACCGUUACAAUUUCUGAUAUUAAGAAUGAAAUCAGUUCGAUUGAAGCUUUUGUUGAUUAUAAUGACAUAACAAAGCUCUUAGCAAUUAAUCUUACAACCACUAUAGACAAAUAUAAAAAUCUUCCGCAAAAAAUUUUGCCGUCGUUACCAAAAUUUACACCUGGUAAAAUCCUAGAAGAAGAGAUCAGAAAACUUUUCGGCGUCUUAGCCCCAAGUUUCAUGACAUUAGAAAAACAUGGCUACAGCAUGAGGACAACACAGAUAUCACCAGAAGCUGGAUCCUCUCCUCCAGUCAAACAGCUGCUUGAUGAACCAGAGACUGUCACCACCAUAGACACCGGGUAUGAAAACCUACUCAAUGCGGCCUGUAAGAGUGAUGAAGAAAUCUGGACAAGUGGAACUGACAACACCAUGAAACUCUUCAGCAUCAAUCAGAGAUCACUACUCAAGUCAAUCACAACCAAGUCAGGAAACAAACUCUAUGACUUAGCAGUAACGAAAAAUGGAGAUCUAGUUUAUACCGAUCACAUGGAUAAGACAGUAAUUAUUGUGAAGAAUGAAGGAAUAGAAGAGAUAAUCAAAACACAAAAAUGGGGUCCUUACAGUGUCUGUAUAACGAUCUCUUUUGAUUUGCUAGUUAUCAUGUAUAAUGUUCGAGAAAAACAAUCAAAGGUUGUCCGUUACUGCGGCUCCACAAAGAAACAAACGAUUCAGUUUGAUGAUCAAGGUAAACCUCUCUAUUCCAUGGGCUUUUACUACAGACACAUUACUGAGAACAGGAACCUGGAUAUCUGUGUAUCUGACCAUAAAGCUGAAGUAAUAGUGGUAGUCAAUCAGACAGGGAAACUGAGAUUCAGGUACACUGGACAUACUCCUUCUCCAAAGAACAGACCAUUCAGUCCACGAGGAAUCACCACGGACAGUCAGAGUCACAUCCUUACAGCUGAUGAUAACAAUGACUGUGUACACAUCAUAGACCAGGAUGGACAGUUCCUCUGUUAUAUAAAAUGUAGCCUGAGUGAUCCCAUGGGACUGUGUAUAGAUUCAAAUGAUUAUCUGUUCGUUGCUCAGUUUAGAAAUGGAAAAGUGAAGAAAAUCAAAUAUCUGCUGUGA